AUGGCUACCAAGGCACCAGCAGUUAUGCCACGUAUCGGCGUCUCAUACAGCACAUUUGUGGAAUUACUUUGCAGGAUCAACAAGGGGACAUUCAGGGACGCAGCAAUUGACACUCUAGGAAAGGUACAGAAAGUCCACCAAGCUCAAUCGCGAAUCCUAAAAUGCUACCCUGACCUUACGACCGUUAUUCUUGGAACCGCUAGGCCGCCUUCCCACAGAUAUCCAUCACAGAAUGAGAUCGAUGAACUCCUCGGUGACCUGAGAAGUGUGAGAUACUUUUUGUUUGACAUGGAGCAUCGGUUCUGCUCUGGCCACGAGAAUGAGCGGAAUAUGUUGCAGCCACUGGGGGAGGUAACAGCAGACUUGGAGAGACAGCUGUAUUGUAUUCAGUUGGCUAUCAAUAAGUUUGAUCCUUAUAGAGGACCUAAGGAUAUCUUUGGCAUGUAUUGUGGUGUUCUUGUAGAUGAGAAUUUGGCCAGAACUGGCAUAGAGGGUGGCACAGGUAGGAUUGAGGAACAGAUGCAGGAGAUGGCAAUCUAG